GGGGCCCGUCAGGUAUUUAUUUACGAAAAAAUGGUUGUACAAUCGACCUACCACAAAACCUAAUGAACAACGAAGCAGAAUUCGAGAGAAAGGUUGCUAUUUGUGACGAAAUGGACGAAAUUCUGGAUGGCAGUGGCGGCUAUGAGGGUGAGACCGGCCCCCCUUCGAUAGUUAUGUUGCUUCGCCUAUUUCUGGCCUUGCAGCAACGCAGAGCCCAAUCCUAUACUAGGCUUAAGAGGGGGUUUGACGAUUAUAUGGUUUCUGGAGUCGAGUCGACUUACCAGCAACUCUGUACACAGAUCGCAGUCGAAUUCAAUGAUUGUUCAAAGCAAGUCAGUCAGUUACUAGUACAGUCGUCCUUGAAAUUGAGUCACAACUUCUCUGUCCCAAUUACUUCAGAGAGGAUUUAGCCGCAAUAUUAAGAUCAGUUCAAGCACAAGAGAAGAAGAAGUUACAUUUGACAGCCACUAUUCAAGUGUUAAAAAAAACUGGACGUCCCUCAGAGCGACUAGUGAGCCAUGAAAAUUGUAGAUUCGGUAAGCCAGUGGGGCAUGAAUGUGUACAUAUCCAGACUAUUACUGAAGCUUCGGGAACUGAAGAGGCAGAGGCUGAUGCGGAUUAUGAAAAUGCUUUAAGGGAAGCCAUUAAAGGUGUCCAGGAUGCAGUGACUGUCAUAAAUGAACAUGUGGAAGAGGUCAGAUAUGAAAUAGCUGCAGCACUUGAAGAUUCGUAAUUCGGGCUGACUAGACUUUAGAUUCUCGCAAUGGGGUACACAGUACAAUUGUACAUCAGCAUACAUCAAUCAAUUCCUGUCUAAGCCAGCCGUGAAGAGACUAUCUGUUUUUGUUUUCUUUGAUUAGCACUUGUAGUGGAUUUAAAGUGAAAUGAAUAUGCGGGCAAUAGACUGUAUAGCUCAUGUGUCCGUUAAAAUUUGAGUUUGUACCACUUUCCGAAUAAUGGACGUUAAAAUUUGAGUCUGCAGUUCUGCACCAAUCCCUAUUCGG